ACGCGGCCGGUAAUCCAUGCAUUUCAGAUCGAACCGCAGCGUGAACAGCGUUUCGUGUUUUCUAAGUAGUUGGAACCAAUUUUUUUACACCACACACAAAAUGAGGGAAAUCGUUCACAUCCAAGCCGGACAAUGCGGCAACCAGAUUGGAGCCAAAUUCUGGGAAAUCAUCUCCGACGAACACGGCAUUGACCCCACCGGAGCCUACCACGGAGACUCCGACCUCCAGCUCGAGAGGAUCAACGUAUAUUACAAUGAGGCCUCCGGUGGCAAAUACGUGCCCAGGGCCAUCCUGGUCGACUUGGAACCCGGCACCAUGGACUCUGUCCGUUCCGGACCGUUCGGCCAAAUCUUCAGGCCCGACAACUUCGUGUUCGGACAGUCUGGAGCCGGCAACAACUGGGCCAAGGGUCACUACACAGAAGGUGCCGAAUUAGUCGAUUCCGUAUUGGAUGUAGUAAGGAAAGAAGCCGAAUCAUGCGAUUGCCUGCAAGGUUUCCAACUCACACACUCGUUGGGUGGUGGUACCGGAUCCGGUAUGGGAACACUUCUCAUCUCCAAAAUCAGGGAGGAAUACCCCGACAGGAUUAUGAACACAUACUCCGUAGUACCAUCCCCUAAAGUGUCCGAUACCGUAGUAGAGCCCUACAACGCCACCCUCUCCGUACAUCAACUCGUAGAAAACACAGAUGAGACCUACUGUAUCGAUAACGAAGCUCUCUACGACAUCUGCUUCAGAACCUUGAAGCUCACCACCCCAACAUACGGUGACUUGAACCAUCUAGUCUCUCUCACAAUGUCCGGUGUGACCACAUGUCUGAGAUUCCCCGGUCAAUUGAACGCUGAUCUGCGUAAAUUGGCGGUCAACAUGGUACCAUUCCCACGUCUGCACUUCUUCAUGCCCGGUUUCGCCCCAUUGACAUCCAGAGGUAGCCAACAAUACAGAGCCCUGACCGUACCCGAACUGACCCAACAAAUGUUCGACGCCAAGAACAUGAUGGCCGCUUGCGACCCAAGACACGGCCGUUACCUCACAGUCGCCGCCGUCUUCAGAGGCAGGAUGUCAAUGAAGGAGGUCGACGAACAGAUGCUCAACAUCCAAAACAAGAACAGCAGCUACUUCGUCGAAUGGAUCCCGAACAACGUCAAGACCGCCGUGUGCGACAUCCCACCAAGAGGUUUGAAGAUGUCCGCCACCUUCAUCGGCAACUCCACCGCCAUCCAGGAAUUGUUCAAGAGAAUCUCCGAACAAUUCACCGCUAUGUUCAGGCGCAAGGCUUUCUUGCAUUGGUACACUGGCGAAGGUAUGGACGAGAUGGAAUUCACCGAGGCCGAAAGCAACAUGAACGACUUGGUAUCCGAAUACCAACAAUACCAGGAGGCCACCGCCGACGAGGAUGCCGAGUUCGACGAAGAACAGGAAGCCGACGUUGAAGAAAACUAAAUCGAGAUCUGAAACUUAUUACCUACAUUAAAAUAUUUUAUUAUUUUGUACUACGCAGUCUUUACAUUCCGGUUUGUAAAUUCGAAUACACCACCACCACCUUAUUCAAGACUGACUUUUUGUUUGUCAUUUCUUAACAUGUUUUUGCGUAUUUUGUUUUUAAGGAAAUAGGCAUUAAAACUUUGCUGCCAUUACUUAUUUAAAA